AAUAAAAAGAAAAAUAGUUCAUGUAAAUAUAUUUCAAUUAUUAGUCUCAACCGUCUUCACAAUCCUCCAUUCCUCCAAAACAUAAACAUUGACGCUUUGAAUGCCAGACGCCAGGCGCCCAACCGAGAAGGGGAGUGAAGUGUUUGUUAAGUGGAUACGCAGUCUUAUUGCUCUGCUUCAGUACGUCUCAAACCAUCCACGAGAUAGUUGAAAAGUGUUUUGACAAGUUUGAAAUCAACUGGAAAAAAAAACAUGGAGAAUUAUCCAUUCCCAGACCCUGAGCAGAGGGAGGAGUGGGAGGAAGAGGACGCAGCCAUGGAGGAUUGGUGGCUGGAGCAGAAGGAGAAGUGUUGGGAUUAUAUCCCACACUAUUACCCUUUGGUGGGACAUUUGGCGGUGCCAAUGCACCAGGUUGUCAGUUUCCUGGCAUUCCUAGGAGAUUUUCUGUGUGUUGCGAAGCAAGCUUCUGUUCAUCAGGAGAUGAGAGGAUUUUUGAACUUCCUCCGUCUCGUCGAUCGUGAGGAAGAGGCGAGGGAGAUACUGCCACAUGCGCGGUGCCUCACCAUCGCCGCAUGGCUCAUUUUGGGCGUACAAGGUCGUUGCAUCGAAUAA